AUGCGGGACGGCGUGGUGCGGGGUGGCUUGGAUGCAUUAGGGUCCCUGAAGAGGAGCUACAGCUGCUGCAACAUCUGCUGCAGAGAGACCCCCGCUAACUCCACUCACUCAGACCCCACUCACUCAGACCCCCCUCACUCAGACCCCCCCUCACUCAGACCCCCCCUCACUCAGACCCCACUCACUCAGACCCCCGCUCACUCAGACCCCACUCACUCAGACCCCACUCACUCAGACCCCCCUCACUCAGACCCCCCCUCACUCAGACCCCCCUCACUCAGACCCCUCUCACUCAGACCCCCCCUCACUCAGACCCCCCUCACUCAGACCCCUCUCACUCAGACCCCCCCUCACUCAGACCCCCCCUCACUCAGACCCCCCCUCACUCAGACCCCACUCACUCAGACCCCCCCUCACUCAGACCCCCCUCACUCAGACCCCCCUCACUCAGACCCCCCUCACUCAGACCCCCCCUCACUCAGACCCCCCUCACUCAGACCCCUCUCACUCAGACUCCUCUCACUCAGACUCCUCUCACUCAGACCCCUCUCACUCAGACCCCCACUCACUCAGACCCCCCCUCACUCAGACCCCUCUCACUCAGACCCCACUCACUCAGACCCCUCUCACUCAGACCCCCCCUCACUCAGACCCCCCCUCACUCAGACCCCCCCCACUCAGACCCCUCUCACUCAGACCCCCACUCACUCCUCUCACUCAGACCCCUCUCACUCAGACCCCCCCUCACUCAGACCCCCCUCACUCAGACCCCUCUCACUCAGACCCCCCCUCACUCAGACCCCCACUCACUCAGACCCCCACUCACUCCUCUCACUCAGACCCCUCUCACUCAGACCCCCCCUCACUCAGACCCCCCCUCACUCAGACCCCUCUCACUCAGACCCCUCUCACUCAGACCCCUCUCACUCAGACCCCCCCUCACUCAGACCCCCUCUCACUCAGACCCCUCUCACUCUGACCCCCACUCACUCAGACCCCCCCUCACUCAGACCCCCCUCACUCAGACCCCCCUCACUCAGACCCCCCCUCACUCAGACUCCCCUCACUCAGACCCCUCUCACUCAGACCCCCCCUCACUCAGACCCCACUCACUCAGACCCCCCCUCACUCAGACCCCCCCUCACUCAGACCCCACUCACUCAGACCCCCCCUCACUCAGACCCCCUCACUCAGACUCCUCUCACUCAGACCCCACUCACUCAGACCCCACUCACUCAGACCCCACUCACUCAGACCCCCCUCACUCAGACCCCCCCUCACUCAGACCCCCUCUCACUCAGACCCCUCUCACUCAGACCCCACUCACUCAGACCCCCACUCACUCAGACCCCUCUCACUCAGACCCUCUCACUCAGACCCCACUCACUCAGACCCCCCUCACUCAGACCCCCCCUCACUCAGACCCCUCUCACUCAGACCCCCCUCACUCAGACCCCACUCACUCAGACCCCCCUCACUCAGACCCCACUCACUCAGACCCCCCUCACUCAGACCCCCACUCACUCAGACCCCCACUCACUCAGACCCCCCCUCACUCAGACCCCUCUCACUCAGACCCCACUCACUCAGACCCCCCUCUCACUCAGACCCCCCCUCACUCAGACCCCACUCACUCAGACCCCCCUCACUCAGACCCCACUCACUCAGACCCCCCUCACUCAGACCCCCACUCACUCAGACCCCCACUCACUCAGACCCCCCCUCACUCAGACCCCUCUCACUCAGACCCCACUCACUCAGACCCCCCUCUCACUCAGACCCCCCCUCACUCAGACCCCACUCACUCAGACCCCACUCACUCAGACCCCUCUCACUCAGACCCCCCUCACUCAGACCCCCACUCACUCAGACCCCUCUCACUCAGACCCCCCUCACUCAGACCCCCACUCACUCAGACCCCUCUCACUCAGACCCCCCUCACUCAGACCCCCACUCACUCUGACCCCCACUCACUCCACUCACUCAGACCCCACUCACUCAGACCCCCCUCACUCAGACCCCCACUCACUCAGACCCCCACUCACUCAGACCCCCCCUCACUCAGACCCCUCUCACUCAGACCCCUCUCACUCAGACCCCCACUCACUCAGACCCCCACUCACUCAGACCCCCCUCACUCAGCACCCCUCUCACUCAGACCCCCACUCACUCAGACCCCCACUCACUCAGACCCCCACUCACUCAGACCCCCCCUCACUCAGACCCCUCUCACUCAGACCCCUCUCACUCAGACCCCCCUCACUCAGACCCCACUCACUCAGACCCCCCCUCACUCAGACCCCCCCUCACUCAGACCCCACUCACUCAGACCCCUCUCACUCAGACCCCCCCUCACUCAGACCCCACUCACUCAGACCCCCCUCACUCAGACCCCCCCUCACUCAGACUCCUCUCACUCAGACCCCUCUCACUCAGACCCCCCCUCACUCAGACCCCACUCACUCAGACCCCCCUCACUCAGACCCCACUCACUCAGACCCCCCUCACUCAGACCCCCACUCACUCAGACCCCCACUCACUCAGACCCCCCCUCACUCAGACCCCUCUCACUCAGACCCCACUCACUCAGACCCCCCUCUCACUCAGACCCCCCCUCACUCAGACCCCACUCACUCAGACCCCCCUCACUCAGACCCCCACUCACUCAGACCCCCCCUCACUCAGACCCCUCUCACUCAGACCCCACUCACUCAGACCCCCCUCACUCAGACCCCCACUCACUCUGACCCCCACUCACUCCACUCACUCAGACCCCCCCUCACUCAGACCCCUCUCACUCAGACCCCACUCACUCAGACCCCCCUCACUCAGACCCCCACUCACUCAGACCCCCCUCACUCAGACCCCCCUCACUCAGACCCCCCCUCACUCAGACCCCCCCUCACUCAGACCCCCCCUCACUCAGACCCCCCUCACUCAGACCCCUCUCACUCAGACCCCCCCUCACUCAGACCCCCACUCACUCAGACCCCCCCUCACUCAGACCCCCCUCACUCAGACCCCCCUCACUCAGACCCCCCCUCACUCAGACCCCCCCUCACUCAGACCCCCCCUCACUCAGACCCCCCUCACUCAGACCCCCCCUCACUCAGACCCCUCUCACUCAGACCCCCUCUCACUCAGACCCCCCCUCACUCAGACCCCCACUCACUCAGACCCCCCUCACUCAGACCCCCCUCACUCAGACCCCCCUCACUCAGACCCCCCCUCACUCAGACCCCCCCUCACUCAGACCCCUCUCACUCAGACCCCCCUCACUCAGACCCCCCCUCACUCAGACCCCCCCUCACUCAGACCCCCCUCACUCAGACCCCCCCUCACUCAGACCCCCCUCACUCAGACCCCCCUCACUCAGACCCCCCCUCACUCAGACCCCCCCUCACUCAGACCCCCCCUCACUCAGACCCCCCUCACUCAGACCCCCCCUCACUCAGACCCCUCUCACUCAGCCCCCUCUCACUCAGACCCCUCUCACUCAGACCCCCCUCACUCAGACCCCCACUCACUCAGACCCCCCCUCACUCAGACCCCCCUCACUCAGACUCCUCUCACUCAGACCCCCCCUCACUCAGACCCCCACUCACUCAGACCCCCCCUCACUCAGACCCCUCUCACUCAGACCCCUCUCACUCAGACCCCUCUCACUCAGACCCCCCCUCACUCAGACCCCCACUCACUCAGACCCCCCCUCACUCAGACCCCCUCACUCAGACUCCUCUCACUCAGACCCCCCUCACUCAGACCCCUCUCACUCAGACCCCCCCUCACUCAGACCCCCUCUCACUCAGACCCCUCUCACUCAGACACUCCCCCCUCACUCAGACCCCCUCUCACUCAGACCCCUCUCACUCAGACCCCCCCUCACUCAGACCCCACUCACUCAGACCCCACUCACUCAGACCCCCCCUCACUCAGACCCCCCUCACUCAGACCCCUCUCACUCAGACCCCUCUCACUCAGACCCCCACUCACUCAGACCCCCACUCACUCAGACCCCCUCUCACUCAGACCCCACUCACUCAGACCCCCCUCACUCUGACCCCCCCUCACUCAGACCCCCUCUCACUCAGACCCCUCUCACUCUGA